GUGGGGCGGGGCGGAGGAGGGUUUUCUGUAGAGCUUCAGCCGUGUAUCCUCGGGUGCCGUCCCCGCUGUCGCGUAGUGUCCGCUCCUCUCCUGCCUUUAGAGGGCACAGGCCACCGCCGGGGCUUCGGGUGGUCGCGCAGCCGCCCAACGUCUCCGCUGAGCCACCUUUUCUACCUGGCGGCUCUUCUCGGCUGGCUUCUGGUCGGGGGCGGGGGAGGGGGGCGAAAUGGCGCCGGCGCCCCGAGGCGUCCGGGAGGAGCCGCUGCUGGAGUGUGAGUCUGGACCACUUUCCCGGCUCCUUUUCCUCGCCCAGGCCUUUCUUCUCCUGCUGCCGGCCACCGGAGCAGGCCUCUGCCCCGCGCCCUGCUCCUGCCGCAUCCCUCUGCUGGACUGCAGUCGCAGGAAACUACCAGCGCCGAGCUGGAGGGUGCUUUCUAGCCCGCUGCCUCCCGACGUCGCCAGCCUGGACUUGAGUCAUAAUCGGUUGUCUCACUGGAACGUCAGCUUGGAAUCUCAAACAUUACAAGAAGUGAAAAUGAAUUACAAUGAGCUAACAGAAAUCCCAUAUUUUGGAGAACCAACUUCUAAUAUUACUCUGCUGUCAUUAGUCCAUAAUGCAAUCCCAGAAGUAAACGCAGAGGCUUUGCAGUUUUACCCUGCUCUUGAAAACUUAGAUCUCAGCUCAAAUAUAAUAUCAGAAAUCAAGACAUCUUCAUUUCCUCGAAUGCAGCUUAAAUACCUGAAUUUGAGUAAUAAUAGGAUAACCAUCUUGGAGGCCAGUUGCUUCGAUAAUUUAUCGAGUUCCUUACUAGUGGUAAAGUUAAACCGGAACAGAAUCAGCACGAUUCCACCCAAAAUCUUCAAGCUGCCUCACCUCCAGUUCUUGGAACUUAAAAGAAACAGGAUUAAAGUUGUGGAAGGUCUAACAUUCCAAGGGCUUGACUCCUUAAGAUCUUUGAAAAUGCAGCGGAAUGGAAUUAGCAAACUGAAGGAUGGAGCAUUUUUUGGCUUGGAUAACAUGGAAGAAUUAGAACUGGAGCAUAAUAACCUUACAGAAGUGAACAAGGGGUGGUUGUAUGGCUUGCGAAUGCUACAGCAGCUCUAUGUGGGCCAGAACGCUGUUGAAAGAAUCAGCCCUGAUGCCUGGGAGUUCUGCCAAAGACUAUCUGAGCUUGAUUUGUCCUAUAACCAGUUGACCCGCCUGGAUGAAUCUGCCUUUGUGGGUCUGAGCUUACUGGAGAGACUGAAUUUAGGGGACAACAGAGUCACUCACAUUGCUGAUGGUGUGUUUAGGUUUCUUUCCAAUCUUCAAACACUAAAUUUACGAAACAAUGAAAUUUCAUGGGCCAUAGAAGAUGCUAAUGAAGCCUUUGCUGGACUCACAAGUCUCACUAAAUUAAUCUUACAAGGAAAUCAGAUUAAGUCAAUUACAAAGAAAGCAUUCAUUGGUCUUGAAUCCCUUGAGCAUCUAGAUUUGAACAACAAUGCUAUAAUGUCUAUCCAAGAAAAUGCUUUUUCUCAAACUCGCUUGAAAGAAUUCAUCCUGAACACUAACAGUUUGCUCUGUGACUGCCACUUGAAGUGGUUGCUUCAGUGGCUGGUUGAUAAUAACUUCCAGCACUCCGUGAACGUAAGCUGUGCGCACCCUGAAUGGCUGGCAGGGCAAAGCAUCCUGAAUGUGGAUCUGAAAGAUUUUGUCUGUGAUGAUUUUCUCAAGCCACAGAUAAGAAUGCAUCCUGAAACGACAGUUGCCCUAAGAGGCGUGAACGUGACUCUGACAUGCACUGCGGUGAGCAGCAGUGACUCACCCAUGUCUGCUGUGUGGCGCAAAGACAGUGAAAUCUUGUAUGACACCGACAUUGAGAAUUUUGUUCGUUACCAGCAGCAAGCUGGAGAAGCUCUAGAAUAUACUAGUGUCUUACAUCUUUUCAGUGUGAAUUUCACAGAUGAAGGAAAAUACCAGUGCAUCGUUACUAAUCACUUUGGUUCUAAUUAUUCUCAUAAAGCCAAACUGACUGUGAAUGAGAUGCCAUCUUUCCUGAAAACGCCAAUGGAUCUGACUAUUCGUACUGGUGCCAUGGCCAGGCUAGAAUGUGCUGCAGAGGGACACCCUGCACCUCAGAUUUCCUGGCAGAAAGAUGGCGGUACUGACUUUCCUGCGGCUCGAGAAAGACGCAUGCACGUCAUGCCUGAGGAUGACGUCUUCUUCAUUGCAAAUGUGAAAAUAGAAGACAUGGGGAUCUAUAGCUGCAUGGCACAAAACAUAGCAGGCGGCCUUUCAGCAAAUGCCUCCCUCACAGUGUUAGAGACACCCUCAUUUAUCAGACCCCUGGAAGACAAGACGGUCACCCGAGGUGAAACUGCGGUCUUGCAGUGCAUAGCUGGAGGGAGCCCUGCGCCUCGCCUCAACUGGACCAAAGAUGACGGGCCACUGCUUGUGACAGAGCGGCACUUCUUUGCUGCGGCCAACCAGCUUCUCAUCAUCGUCGAUGCCGGGCUGGAAGAUGCUGGGAAAUACACCUGCAUCAUGUCCAACACCCUUGGGACAGAACGGGGUCACAUUUACCUAAAUGUCCUUUCAUCCCCCAAUUGUGACUCUUCCCAGAGUAGUAUUGGCCAUGAGGAUGAUGGCUGGACCACAGUUGGCAUUGUCAUCAUUGUUGUGGUCUGCUGUGUUGUGGGCACCUCAUUGAUUUGGGUCAUUGUUAUUUACCACAUGAGAAGGAAAAAUGAAGACUACAGUAUCACAAACACAGAGGAGCUCAAUCUGCCUGCAGACAUUCCCAGCUACUUGUCUUCCCAAGGAACGCUGUCUGAGCCACAGGAAGGCUACAGCAACUCUGAGGCAGGCAGCCAUCAGCAGCUCAUGCCUCCCGCCAAUGGAUAUUUACACAAAGGCACUGAUGGUGGCACUGGCACCCGGGUCAUCUGCUCAGAUUGUUACGACAAUGCCAACAUCUACUCCAGGACCCGAGAAUACUGUCCCUACACCUAUAUUGCUGAGGAGGACAUUCUAGAUCAGACACUCUCCAGUCUCAUGGUCCAGAUGCCCAAAGAGACAUACUUGGCACAUCCCUCCCAAGAUGCCACUACCCUGGAGAGCCUGGUGUUAGCAGCAGAUAGAGAGGUGUCCGCCUUCCCCACCAACCAUGAGAGGAUAAAUGAGAAGCUGCCCUCCUCACAGAUGAGCAGCGAAACGUUUCAGCGGCCUCUGUGGAACAUAAGCAGAGAACUAGGCCUGCCUCAUCCUCCCUAUUCCCAGCAAGCGGUCCUUGAGUCGCCACCACUCCAUCCAAACGAGGGCCUGGCAGAGAGUGGUCCAGACUGUCCUGCGUCCCCCACGCCCUGUCACAGGUCACCUAACCAUACUUUUGAUUUUAGCAGGACUCGGAACAUUCAAGAUGGUAGUGAGGGCACAUGAAACUCAUUCCAGGAUAAAAUCUGGGCAGAGACCCCAAUUAUUAAUUUUGUAUGUACUACCUCAGAGUUCAGAAGACACCCAGAAUCAGCAUUUGCUUUAGACUUUGUCUGCAAUUACAUCUGACCACACCAGGGUGACCCAGACAUCUGUUUGGGCUUCUGUUUGACAAAGAAGGAGUAACGGCUGGCAGAAAUGGGUACAGCUCGUAAAACAAGUGCCGCAGGGGCAUACACGAAACAUGUGCUCCCUGAUGGUUCCAUGGGAUGUGCCCAGGUGUGCACUGCAUGUGAGGAAGAGUCUCGUUGCUGCUUAAUAUGCUGAUUGUCUCAACCCACAAAAUGACUGUGAAAACAUCACUGUUCUAUUUUGCCUUCCAAAGAGCAAAAACAGCUUCGGAGCCCUCUGGGAAGUGCUUCUGGGAUUCGUCAGUGGCAUUCAGCGUACAGUUGAGGCUGGGGCUUUGAUACUGAAGGCCUUGGACAAGAAUCUCAGGCCUCACCCACUAUCACCGGGUCAAGGGGUUUUGUAUUCUUGUGAAUAUUUUUUUUUUGGGGGGGGUCCCUAUCACCCAGGGAUCUCAUUGUAAAUAUAUGUGCAUUUAUAAAUAAUUUUUGUAUUCAUUGACCAUAUGUGUUGGCUACAAUGUAAAUAUUUUUGAUAUGCCAAAAUUGUAUAUAUCCAGUUAUUAUAUUGACAGCAGCUUCUUAGACCACGGAUUUUUGUAUAGCUUCGUUUAAAGUUUCAAAAAUGUAUUUGUUAAGUAUAUGUAUAGAGGCAGGGUACCUAGCAAUUGUGUACACACAAACACAAUCUUGGUGUAAUUAACCACUUCAUACCUAAAGAUUCAUACAUCUAAUCAUUUGCCAUCUGUUUACAAGUGCCAGGUACUAUUACCUUUCUAUUGGGUCAUCGGGAAAGUCAUGACGCAUUUUUGCAUUGAAAAACGUAGAAAAAUACGUCAUGACUUUCCUGAUGACCCAAUAGCAUAAAAAGGCUAGCAGUCUUGUCAUAGCCAUGUGCACAGAGAUAAGGGACAACUUGUUUGGGGAGUAUCUCCUUUCAACAAAGUACUUAGUUGAGAAAACCAAAGAUUGCUUCUUUUCUGUGUUUGUUUUCUUAUAAUGUCUCUUCUGCCAAUGCGCGGUGUAUUUUAAGAAGGGAAGAGGGCUUUUGGGACUGGAAGAAUGUGCAGAAAUUCUUAUACUAUAAAGCUUUGGAGUGGCCCUUGUUUUGUACAAGUGAUUAUUUAAGCCAAAAAGUUUUCCUGAAUUUCUGGUAGAAAGCUUUAUUUCAACAAAGGACUUAACACUAAUGGAAUGGAAUGAACUAAAGUUCUUUCUUUUUGCUUUCAGAUUUCCUUACAUAGGCUUUCAGACUCUGUCCUCUAAAUCUAUUAAGUACUAAUUAUGAAGAGAUAACUUCAGUCACUUCAAUGACAGAAUCUACUUCUGAGUCAUUGUGCAUUUCAAGGGUUCUAAACUCACAUAAUUUCUCAGCUUUUGCUAGAAAGCCUAGCUGAAUUUCAUACUAGUUUUCAAUCCUAAAUUUUUCUCUGAGAGGCAGCAGCACUACUUUAGUUGUUUUAUACUACUAUGCCUUUUUCCCCCUUUUUAAACUGUCAGCCUCUUUCACUUUGAACUUCUUAACUGUCACUAUUUUCCCGUCCCUUCAAUUUAUGACCCCUCUUCUUCCUUACUAGGUUGUCAUAUAAUUUGCACUGACUUUGACUCAAGAGACUCGAUUUAGUUUCCAGCCCUGCAACUUACUAGUUGUGUCAUCAAGGGCCAGUCCCUUUGCUUCUCAGCCCAAUUUUCUCGUUUAUGAAAUGAGGGCAUUUUACUAGAUGCUCUAAAGCCCUUUCCAGCUGUAACAUUCUAUGAAUCUGUGAGCCCUCCGGGAACCGAGGAGGAUUAUGCUACUCUAAUAAAAAGCUGCUUCCAUGAAAUGUUUGUUAGAGUAGAACACGCGUGAUGCUGCUUACUCUGACUUGAGCCAGAUUUGUUUACUCUUGAGCAGGAGUAAUGGUGUCAGAAAUACUCUUGAGGAGAAGAAAUCCUCUGCUUCGAAACAGUAUCAGUAAACAAAGACUCUUAACUCCGUUGGAAACCACCCUUUGCUCUCUAGACCAGCAGGUCUGAGUGCUAGUGGUACAGAACCCCAGAGUCAGGUGAGAGGCGUGCCAGCUAAUCUGUAGCUAAUGUGUGACUCCCUUACCUUUCUGACGUAUUCAAGGUUAGCCCUGUAACUAUAGUACUCCCACUCACAUUCUGAGAGACUUUCCUGAGUGAAAAAGGUGGAGUUAGAGCUAGACUGGAAGUGAGCACCAGCUGUUACAUGUGAGAGGACAGAACAGGCUGUGAACCAGCAUUCUAGAAAACCUCAAAUACGAGUGCUGCCUCUGCUCUAGCUGUGGUCAUUCUGCCUCUGGUGGCAGAGGCUGGUCUCCUUCCUGCACAGCGAGGUCCUCCAUUAUGGCAACUCCAAUGGUUGAGGUGUCCUCCCAGAUAUUUCUAACUAAACAACUUGCUUAAAAAGCUAGUCAGGAAUUUGUUUGAAUGUGAAGAACCAAUCCUUGGUCUUAAAAAAAAAAAUAAAUUCAAUAAAUUCUAAUCUUCGGAGGAAUCCCUGAAACUUUUCAUUAUUGCAAAUGUUUUUGACCAAGCAGUGAUUUAACUCUCUACUAUAACCAGGAUUAGCGGCUCAUCAGUGUUGCUUUCCAGCAGUAUAUUAAUCAGGGAUGUUGCAAAAAGCACAGCAAGCUGAAAUGCUGAGAAAACUACUCUCUGCCCCCCACCAAAUUACCACUUCCUACCAGGAGGGAUGCGUCAAUUCUGUUCAUUUGUUUCUGCCUCUCUUAGACUGAAUCUUCAAGUCCACCUGGAAGAAGCAGCAUUAUCCUUGAACUCUAGGCCUUACUGGCUUUCUGUCACUCAGCAGCUUCUAAAAUGCUCUCUCAAGUAUACAAGUUACUAUAUAGAAUAGGAACUAACAGAAACCCAGCCCAGUGUGCAGACCUCUCUAUUGCGCCACCUCAGAAUGCUUUAAAAAAAUGCAGUUUUCUUAAGGUGAAUUCCAUGUUUAAAAACAGUUGCCUUUACAUUGCUCAUCGGGAGGCUGUAGAGGGAACAUUAAGAUGUCAAGCAACUUAGACUGUUAUCCAUUUUCCUAAGGAACGGGAGAUAUGAUAAAAGUCUUCAGUUACUUAAAGGAUUGUCAUACAGAAUAAGGAUGAGAUUCACUCCAUAUUCCAGAAGAUGGGGUGCAUAUCAGGGGGGGCAGAAGUUACAGGGAGGGUCAGUAUACACUUGCCGAUAAUGCUGUAUAAGCUAAUACUCUAACCAUUCGGUUUGUCUGACAAUCGGAAACAGCCUUUUGUGGGAAAAGUACAGACACAGAAGCUAAAUAAUAAUCUGUUAAUAGCAUUGAAGAAAUUUCUGCAUUGAGAUGGAACACGGGCAAGAUGACCUUUAGGUCUCUGUUUUAUCAUUGGAAAUCCCAGAAGCAAUUUGAUGUUCUUAAAAAUUUGUCCUUCAGAAUCCUUUAUAUGCAGUAAGUACAGAGCACUCAAGAAUUUUUUUUAAGAAUUUUGGGUUUUGGUUGACAAAAGGAGCCUGUUCUGUGUUUAAUGGCUGCAAACAUGAAACUCUGGGCUUACUCUCCUGAGGAAAUUGAUAACUAGUUAGUAACACAAAUGGAAUUAACCAUAGUAAAAAAAUUUAAAAGCCUAUAAUGUAUUACAACCCUCCCUUUUACUAUUAAUUUUUAUUGGAGUUUCUUCUAAUCAGUGGGAUGCCAUUUUGAAUGGGGUUGGAAUUGUGAUGUUCAAUUUUAUACCAGUUAUUUUACCCAAGUGAGUUAUGGCCUUUUCUAAUUAUUUGAAUAUCCACAAAAUGCCAAGAGGGUAAAUGUGCUGUCAUUGUCAUUUUAUGCUACAUCCUCCAUUUCUUAUUUUGCUUCUUGAAGCAGAUUACCGAGGUAAUGGACCUUAAAGGUUGAGCUAAGAUUUUUUGGCAACCUGCGAGGAAUGUUUCAUUUUUCUGUUACAUGGCCUCUUUCCCAGUUCAGUUGGGCAAAUAUUUUUCCUUCCUGCUUCUUCUAACUUACAACUUUUUUGUUUGGAGUACAAUAAACCAACAUCAGUUAGCCUCAAAAUUCUUUCUAUUUUGGACAACUGCCUGGUUUGUUGCAAAAAAA